AUGGCCACGGCGGCGGUGGCGGCCCGUGGGGCCGGGGCGAGGGUGGCGGCGGCCUUGCGGGGCGGCUGCGGGAGUGCAGCCCGGGGUCGGCCGCGCGCGGGCACCGCACGGCCCUUGUGCACAGCACCCGGAACCGCUCCGGACUUGAAGCGCUACCUGUGGGAGCGCUACCGGGAGGCGAAGAGAAACACGGAAGAUUUGAUUCCUUCAAUUAUGAGCAACCUGUUGAAUCCAGAUGCCAUUUUCUCCAACAAUGAAAUGAGCCUGUCGGAUAUUGAGAUCUAUGGUUUUGAUUAUGAUUACACUUUGGUGUUUUAUUCAAAGCACCUCCACACAUUGAUAUUUAAUGCUGCUCGGGACCUUCUCAUCAACGAACACCGGUACCCUGCAGAAAUCAGGAAGUAUGAGUAUGACCCAAAUUUUGCAAUUCGUGGACUUCAUUAUGAUGUACAGCGGGCCAUCUUGAUGAAGAUUGAUGCUUUUCAUUACAUCCAGCUGGGAACUGUCUACAGGGGUCUCAGUGUUGUCCCUGAUGAAGAAGUCAUUGAAAUGUACGAGGGAUCCCACGUGCCCUUGGAACAGAUGAGUGACUUUUAUGGAAAGAGUUCUCAUGGAAACACCAUGAAGCAGUUCAUGGACAUCUUCUCCCUGCCGGAGAUGACCCUCUUGUCCUGCGUGAACGAACACUUUCUGAAAAACAACAUAGACUACGAACCUGUCCAUCUCUACAAAGAUGUCAAGGAUUCAAUUCGUGAUGUCCACAUCAAAGGAAUAAUGUACAGAGCAAUUGAAGCAGAUAUUGAAAAAUAUAUCUGCUAUGCCGAGCAGACACGUGCAGUAUUGGCCAAGCUGGCAGAUCACGGCAAGAAGAUGUUCCUCGUCACCAACAGCCCCAGUAGCUUUGUGGACAAAGGGAUGAGCUAUAUUGUUGGCAAAGACUGGAGGGACCUGUUUGAUGUGGUCAUUGUUCAGGCUGAGAAGCCCAACUUCUUUAAUGAUAAGCGGAGACCUUUCCGAAAAGUAAACGAGAAAGGUGUCUUACUCUGGGAUAAAAUCUACAAGUUGCAGAAAGGCCAGAUUUACAAGCAGGGCAAUUUAUAUGAAUUUUUGAAACUUACUGGAUGGAGAGGAUCCAAAGUACUGUAUUUUGGCGACCAUAUAUACAGUGACCUGGCGGAUUUGACCCUAAAGCAUGGCUGGCGAACGGGUGCAAUUAUCCCAGAAUUAAGGUCCGAGCUCAAAAUCAUGAACACGGAGCAGUACAUCCAGACCAUGACCUGGCUGCAGACCUUGACUGGGCUCUUGGAGCAGAUGCAGGUUCACCGAGACGCCGAGUCACAGCUGGUUUUGCAGGAGUGGAAAAAGGAGAGAAAGGAGAUGAGAGAAAUGACCAAAAGUUUCUUCAAUGCCCAGUUUGGAAGCCUGUUCCGCACAGACCAGAACCCAACCUACUUCCUGAGGCGCCUGUCCCGGUUUGCCGACAUCUACAUGGCGUCUCUGAGCUGCCUCUUGAACUACGAUGUCAACCACACCUUCUACCCCAGGAGGACGCCUCUGCAGCACGAACUUCCCGCGUGGGCUGACAGGACCUCCACCUUCAGAGUCCCCCUCCUGCAGGAGGCCCAGGCCAAGUAACCAAGUGUCCAACGGUGGGAAAAGCCAGAAUCAAUGAGAGCCUCAGAUUAUUGAGUGGACAUGGUGGGGUUGACUUUGUGUGAGUCUGAGUGUUGCUUUCUGAAAAGAUACAAGUAUGCUUUUUGAUAUUUCUAUUGUACUUUCUGGAGAAUACGCCCCAGGUUGUUGAGGCAGGAGCUAGCCGUCCACUGGCCCCGCCUGCCUCUGCACGUCCUGUUAAAAUAGGGCUGAAGGGCGAGCUUCAUAUUGAAACUCUGUAUGAUUCAGCCUUGUGGUUUGCUAGGAAACUGCAACACAUGUCUGCUUUUCUGGGACAGGUGAGCCCUCUUGAUGCCGUGUACAUGUUCCAGCUGGCUAAGUUUUGAAACUGUUCUUGACUCUUGGGUGGAAAAUGUACUGAACACUUGCACGCAGUGUGCCGGGAACCGCAGGGGCAUGAAGCAAGCUGUUUGCAGAAAGCUUAUAAUUUCGUGUGUUCUGCAGUAGCAUAAUGCUGCAGUAAGUCACAAAGAGGAUCUCCAAACAGAAGCUAAUUCCCAAAUCGUUAGGUACCAAGACUGGCAUUCUAGCCUGUUCUUCAAAGCAAACUCAGCCUCCCUGGAAGGACUUAGCGAGAAGGAGCAAGAAAAGCUGCAACUCCAUUAACCUCUUGUCUUCAGUGGUCUACUUCUCUCCUACCCUAAGCUGGAAAGGACAGAUGUAUAAUGAGUGUUGGGUGGAUUCCCUGUUUUUCCCAGGAAUGGAAGGUGAGGACACAAAAUCCCUGGUUAAAAUCUCUUUCCAGGUAGUGGGGCAGACUUUCUAGAAUAAGGCUGCCAGAAACCAGCAGGAUCAGAAGAGCCAAAAUUUUUGAGGAAGGUCUCCCAGGAGUAUAUUAAACCUGAAACAGGGACCCAAGUGUUGGUUUAAUGUGCUCAUUGGAGGAAGGACAAUGGAACGUGGCACCUGCUGGGUCAUAUUGGACUCUUGUUGAAACGUAUGGGCUACUGGUGGUCAUCGUCUCUGGAGGGAAUCACAUGGAUGCCUGCCUCUCUCUCAUGAGUUGUCCAGGGAGCAGAGGUGCUGAGUUCAGUAGGGGGAGGAAGGAGGUGGCCAUCGCCUCUUAGCCAUCCCCAACCCUCUCUCCCCUUAGAUUUUUCUCCUGCAGUGUUUGGGUGGCUUUCUUUGGUGUUUGGCAUGUUUAAGAUGGUAGGUAAUAAAGGUCCUUGAAGUUAAGAGAAAAGAAUUAGAGAUGAUCUUGCUAAGUGAACUUUUUUCCUUCUAGGGACAAUACAAGUAGCGUAUAUUCUUGACCCUGAGGAAGGGUGGCAGAUCCCUGAAGGGGCUUCUGGAGAAUGCUUGCUCGUUCAGCAGUUUUUACUGUAAUGAGUUUAUUGUAACCAGCUAGUGACAGAAUGCCAGCUUGGCAGUUCAUAGGCUACCUGCCAAACACAGAAAUUAAACUGGUGAGUUAUAGUGCAUCUUUUGUAAUGCUGCUUGUUACAAUGAAAUUGUGCAGUGGUAUGUUGUUGUGUUUAACUAUAAUGGUGACGGUGGCCCCUUAGACCCAGAUAGGCUCCCUUUUAUCCCCUCUAGAUUUUGUUGUAAGCAAGAUAAGGCGCAGCAAUCCAUUUGUUUGUCUGUUCCUCAGUGUUUUAAGCAGCAGUGCGUUGGAGAGUGGUGUUCAGUGGGUGAGGGUCAGUGCCCAGAACUUCUUGGUAUCAGGGUCCUAAAAAGAUGUGCUGGUGCUCUGGGCCUAGAAUUUCUGCUUUGGAGCAGCAGAGUGAGGAAGUGGCUUUUUUUUUUUUUUUUUUUAAUUCUUGGUUUUUAUCUAAUCACACUAUUCAUUGGGUGUCUACUAGGUGCCAGUUGUAGGAUGUUCUUUUACUCAGGAGGAAAGUAGAGCUAUUUAAAAAACCUGUUUACAUGGAUGUCUGGGUUAGGUGACCCAAGCCUUGGGGGAGAAAUACAUUUUUGGGGUAAGAAUAGUGAAUUUUACUGCCGUUAAGGAGGGUGUCAGCCUCCGGGCGGUUGAGCUUGGCAGUACUGAGAUCUGUCAUGUGGUGGCCUUGUCUCAGAAGGGUCCACUGAGUGUGUCCCUGGUGGACAGCAAACCAUGGCCAGCCACGUGAGUCAGGGCAGCCAUUAAGUCUAGCAGGGACAGAGGUGUUCUCCUACUUAGCGACCCAGCUGGGAUUUUGGCGCCCUGAUCUGGGCAUUUCGCUCUCACCAGCUAUUGUCUGCUGUGUGCAUUGAUGAAAGCAUAUUGGAACAUGGGAAAUGAAUCUAUUUUCUACCAUUUAAAAAAGCAAUUUGGAAAGUGAACGGAAUAAAAUUAGUUUGCACAUUUAACAGAUCAUCGUCUUUAGCAUUGGUUAGAUUGAUUUUCUAAGAAUGAUGUGAAAACAAAUCCUUAGUCCAGUGGCCAGCCGUGGCAGCUCACCAAGGCUCGUGGUCACCGCGGCAGGCUGCCUUGGAACGGGCCCGCACAGCUGAAGCUUCCUAAAGUUGCGUUUAGAGAUGAAACCUGGCUGUAAAAAAAAUUUAGGUGUUUGGCUUAUAGCUCCUAGUUUCCUCCUAACAUUCCCCCCCCCCCUUUUAAAUUAUCUUCAGCUUCAUUUUCUGAUGUAACAUUAAUGCCAUGUAAUCACCUUUGUUGAUCUGAGCACGUUUCAGACUAAAUUACUAGUUACUUUGAACGCAUUGGCCCUGGUAAUUAUUGCAAAGGAGAAAUGAAAAGUAAUUUCCUUUUAGCUAGUUUAGCUUUGGAUGAACUAAAUGGGUUCUCCUGUCUCCUCCCAAAAGACGUUUUAAGCUGCAGAGAGUGUGCUAACUACUGGAAUUGAAUUCCACUGUCCCGAAUGCUCCUUUGCUGCCAAAGAACCACUUGGGAGCCUUUCAUCUAGAACGCUCUAAGACUAAAUCUGGCCAGAGGCAAGGUUCCUUGAUUGUUCUAUUUAAGUACUAAGAGAGCCUAUGUUUUACCGUCUUAAUUCUGAUUUCCAACUUCUCUUUGUCUUUUCUUGCCUUAGCAUUUGGGAGCCUGACAAAGUUCAGUUAACCUUUGACAUCACUAGUGUGUUAGGGAAAAAAAGCAAGUUUAGUUUCUCUAAUGCAGAGUUUGGCAAACUUUCCCUGUAAAGGGCUAGCUAAUAAGUAUUUUUGACUUUGCUGGCCAUUCUCUGUUGCAACUACUCAAGAAAGGGGUAUGGCUGAGUUCUGUUCAAACUUUAUUUACAAAAACAGGCAGCAGAUGGGAUUUGGUCCUUGGGCCAUCGUGUGCCCUUGCUCUAAUGGGUUGUGUUGGUGUCAAUGGCAAGAGUUCUCUGCCGAAAGCCUGUAGAUGAAUAACCUCCUAGCUUGGGUGCAGAUAGUGGAAAGAGGUUUUGUAGUUAAAUGUGCCACAUUCCCUUACAAUUUACUUUCUGGGUGUCUUUGCUUGUGGUAAGUAUAGCAAAAUGUUGUAUUUGUGGCACAUGGCAUAAUUGCUUCAUUUUGUGUACUUGAGCUGCCAGGCUCAGAUACUAGUUGAAUAUACCUCUUCUGCACCCAGAUUCCCCUUCAGGACAGAAGGACUUAUUCUCCCAAUUGCUGGUUGUGCUGCUGGUCAACCUACUGAUCAAACUACUGGCCAACCAGGUCACAGCUGCCAGCCCUCUUUGGGCAUUUCCUCUGCUGAAGAGCAUUGCCUCCCCAAGGUCACAUCCCCUUGCUGGAGCAGCCUGUAAACUUCUGGUUGAUGUGGGGGUACAAAGGCCUUGCCUAUUCACCCCAACUUGGGACACCUGUCCAGCUCCAGAGCCCCCCAUGGGGUCAGCUGAGGCCUCGAUAUGUCUGCAUUACAGCCUGUCUCUUCCCUCUGCCAGUCCUGCUUCCUUUACUCCAUUCCCAGGAGCACUUCUGUAAACUUCCUGCACGUGACCUUGGCUGCUUCCCGUGGAACCCAGCUGUAGCAGUGCCUCUGUACUUCUUGAGAGCUGCAGGCUCCAACCCUGACUUAGGAAACUAUUUUCUAAUUAUUUAGUGGAAUGAUAGAUUGUGCCUGUAUGAAUAUCAAGCACAACAAAUACAAAUUAGGUAGACCACCUGUUUAUUCUGAAUGUGUAUUUGCUAUUUAUUCUAAAUGCUGAUUUUAUGUAUUAUGUGGUACUGCUAAAUAAAAAGUUUGCAUUGUAUCAGCCAGUUUAUCGUAAGGUAGCUGUUUGGCGCGCUUAAGUCAGUGGCAAAGCCGUAUCUGAUUCUAAUGGCCCCAGAAAAGAUCGUCCCUGAGAGAAAGGGUGAAGGAUAUGGCUCUUUUCUCACUGCUUUCACCUCACCCACCCCCAGGAAGUACACCUCCUUUUUUUUGAGAGUUCGAAGACUGUGUAAGUUGGCUACAGACAGAAAACUUGGUGUGAGCACAGCCUUAGUGGGCAGCAGGUAACCGCCGUGUUCUCCCACAGGGCUGUUUCCUUCCUGAGGACAAGGAGAAACUGAUGGUUCACGUGUUCGUAAGCAAAUUAUCAGGGAAGCCAGAAAUUGGAAGCAAUGUGUUAAUGUUUAAAAUAUACUGAAUUAAGAGUAAAUGUUACGAAGUUGGAAUUGCUGGGUGGUGCAAACAGUUAACACGCUUGGCUGUUAACCUGAAGGUUGGAGGCUUGAAUCUAUGCAUAGGUGCCUCAGAAUUAAGUCCUGGCUAUCUACUUGUGAAUAAUCGGCCACUGAUAACCCUCCGGGGCACAGUUCUACUCUGUCCCGCGUGGGAUCACCAGGAUCUGCAACUGAUUUGACAGCAGUUAGUUAUGAAGUCAGUUUACUACUGGAUUUUGGAUAUAAAUAUUUUGAAGAACUUGUUUUUAAAAGUUUAAAUGUGUUUCGUUUUUAAAUGCUUCAAUGUUCUUGACCUCUCAUUGUGCUGAUAUCUUACUCCCUUCUCCCAGAAGCAUACCUAGUUAAAAAAUGUUUCAGAAUUUCUUUGUAACUAGCUCCAUGAGGUUGUUUUUUCCCCUCCCAGCUCACAGUCCAUAUCCCCGUCUUGAUAAGGCCUUUGCCGUUAGAGGUGUCCAGCAUUGGUAGCCUUGUCAUGUCCUCCCACUGUGUCCAGGGUACACCAGCUGGAGGGAACAGGGGGUAAUGGUCCAUGAGUGCAGCCCUUGUCUUGCUGUCCUCUGGGGUGGGGUCCGUUGACCCCACACUCCUCCAAGCUUCAUUUGGUGCACUGCUUUUUCCUCCUGAGGGCCUGCCAUGCACCCAGUACUGUUCUAGGAAUUGAACACCACAGACAAGGUCUCUGCCCCACGGAGGGCACGUUUGAUGGGAGCUCGUUGACUCCUGUCCCAGGGCUCAGAAUGGACGGGUAUGUUGUCAAGAGUGGGAAGGGUGAAAUGGUUAUUUCACAUCAGUGAACUGGUUACUAACCCAGACAGAGAGCCUGCUGUGAAUCUCCUCUUUCAUCUGGCUACCCCCAAAACCAAAAACCCACUGCUGUUGAGUUGAUUCUGACUCAGUGACCCUACAGGACAGAGUAGAACUGCCCCACAGGGCUUCCAAGGCUAUAAUCUUUACAGGAGCAGAAAA